UUCUGCCAACACUAGUAUUUUGUUUUGCUACGUCUUUCGUAAUAAAACCUUACCUUCAACGAACGGAUUUUCUGCAAAACAUCGGGAAUUUACAUAAGUUCUUUUGGAGAGAAAACACGUUCAUCAAGAAAAUGCUACGCUCUUGCCUAGCCAAUUUCGCCCGACUCCAUCGUCCUGUGCAUCAGAUAUCGAUUCGAAAUUAUCCGGCUUUACCGAAAAGGUUCUACAAAAAUACCGGCGUUAUAUCAAGCAAUGGACGAUACGAAAUAACGCUGGACAGUCGAAAGUUGAAAACGCCCAGAGGUUUACCGUUCUACGUGGAAAGUGAGCCUCUUGCCAUUGCGAUCGCCACGGAAUGGGAUGCUCAGAAAGAUGUGGUUGAUCGAUCUACAAUGCAUUUGACCGCCCUCAGCAGCACGGUUAUCGAUAAUCCGAAUAGCAUCCAGAAGCACGAUAUGGUGAAUUAUUUAGUCAACUACUUCAACACCGACACUAUCCUGUUCCACUCGAAUGAAGAGCGAGAGUUGAAAAAGCUACAAAACCAAGAGUGGAACCCGAUCGUCGAGUGGUGCAACAAACGCUACGAAGUGAACCUCACCUCAACGGAUUCGCUUGUGGUGCCAACAUUUGAGCCCGGUAUGGCAAUGAACCUGGCUCGAUACUUUACCUCGUAUAACGCGGCGGCCCUGCAUGGGUUUGUGUUUGCGGUAGAUGUGAUCAAGUCCAUCAUUCUUACGCUGGCUUGCGUCGAUCGGCACAUAACACCCGAGAGAGCUGUGCAGCUCGCGCGGCUAGAGGAGGAAUUCCAACAGGGCCACUGGGGAAAGGUGGAGUGGGCCCACGACGUGCAGCGACUAGAUUCGCAGUCCCGCUUGUCGGCCGCAUUGCUAUUCAUUUAUUUUAACUCGAGCAAUGCUUUUGAGAAACAGAAAAUUUCACUUUAAUGCGGUUGAUUAAAAUAAACGGACCGACCGACUUAUCAAA